AUGGUGUGUUUCUUUGAGUCCCUCAGCAGCCACUUUCAGACAGUCACCCCUGAUCUGCUCCUGGAAACACCCCUGGUGCCGUUGCUGCCCCCAGUAUUUCCAGUGCAAGCCGGCUCUGCCCUUCAGAGGAACCAGAGGCACAGCAGCAGCCGAACUGACAGCGCUGCCAGGCCCCGCCCGUUGCGCUCAGCCCCCAGGCCAGGCCCCAAAAGAGGCAGCAUGGAGGUGGGCAUGCGCGUGGUGCGCGGCCUGGACUGGAAAUGGGGAAACCAGGAUGAUGGUGAGGGCCACGUGGGCACUGUGGUGGAGAUCGGGCGGCAGGGCAGUACUACCACGCCAGACAAGACGGUGGUGGUGCAGUGGGACAGUGGUACACGGACCAACUACCGCACUGGUUACCAGGGUGCCUACGACCUGCUGCUUUAUGAUAACGCUCAAAUUGGCGUGCGCCACUCCAACAUCAUUUGUGACAGCUGCAAGAAGCAUGGCAUCAUGGGAAUGCGCUGGAAGUGCAAGGUGUGCUUUGAUUAUGACCUGUGCACCCAGUGUUACAUGAGCAACAAGCAUGACCUGAGCCACGCUUUCGAGCGCUACGAGACGGCACACUCUCAGCCAGUGAGCUUGGCACCAAGGCAGAACCUUCCACGGAUCAUCCUCAAAGGAAUCUUCCAGGGGGUUAAAGUGGUUCGUGGACCUGACUGGGACUGGGGCAACCAGGAUGGCGGUGAUGGUAAGAUUGGGAAGGUAGUGGACAUUCGUGGCUGGGACACAGAGUCUGGUCGCAGCGUGGCUAGUGUCGCCUGGUCUAAUGGCACCACCAACGUCUACCGAAUGGGACACAAGGGCAAGGUAGACCUCAAAUAUGUGUCUGAUGGUCAAGGAGGCUUCUAUUACAAAGACCACCUACCAAAGCUUGGGGAGCAUGCAGAGCUACAGCGCCAGGAGAGUGCUGACGGCCACUCCUUCCAGCAGGGCGACAAGGUCAAAUGUCUCCUUGAGGUGGAUAUCCUGCGUCAGAUGCAGGAGGGCCACGGAGGGUGGAACCCCAAAAUGGCAGAGUACAUUUGCCGGAUUGGGACUGUUCAUAGAAUCACUGAUCGAGGAGAUGUGCGGGUCCAGUACAGCAACAACAUCCGUUGGACUUUCCAUCCUGGGGCCCUCACCAAGGUGAACACUUUUGGAGUUGGUGAACUAGUAAGAGUACUGGAAGACAUGGAGAGUGUGAAGAAACUCCAGGCUGGCCAUGGAGAGUGGACAGACAGCAUGGCUCCUGUGCUUGGCCAGGUGGGGAAGGUGCUAAAAGUAUAUGCAGAUGGUGACCUACGGGUGGCAUUUGGAGGUCAGACGUGGACAUUCAACCCAGCGUGCCUUUCGGCACAGCCUGUGGACGUGGACGCCAACCUCAUGACAGCUGAGAACCCCAACGAAUCUGGAAGUAGUGUCAUCUCAGUGCUGGAGAAGCUACUUUCUCAAUCCACAGAGCAGGACAAUCCCAACCGGCUGGUUAUUGAGGCAGCACACGGCAGUGCCAACAAAGUGCGGGAGUUGGUACAGAAGUAUCCUGAUAAGGUGGAUAUCAAGAAUCAGGGCAAGACUGCACUGCAGGUCGCUGCUCACCAAGGCCACAUGGAGGUGGUGAAGGCCCUCCUCCAGGCCAAUAGCUCCAUCGAAGUCAAAGAUGAAGAUGGAGACACAGCAUUGCACUAUACUGCGUUCGGUAAUCAGGCUGAGAUCGCACGACUCCUGUUGAGCAAGGGGGCAAAUGUGAACCUCCUGAACAACUCCAUUUGCACAGCGCUCCACAUUGCCGUCAACAAGGGCUUCACUGACGUUGUGAAAGUGCUGACCGAACAUUCAGCUGACGUCAAUCUCCAGGAUUCAUAUGGGGACACACCUCUCCAUGACGCUAUUGCUAAAGAUUUCCGCAGUAUCAUCGAGAUCCUGGUUGUGGUGCCCAACAUUGACUUCACCCACCAGAACCAUAGAGGCUUCAACCUGCUGCACCACGCUGCCCUCAAAGGAAACAAACUGGCCACAGAGAAGAUCCUGGCCCGAGCACGACAACUGGUGGAUGUUAAGAAGGACGACGGCUUCUCUGCGCUGCAUCUGGCUGCCCUCAACAACCACAGGGAUGUCGCCGAGAUCCUCAUCAAGGAGGGUCGCUGCGACAUCAACAUCUGCAACAACCGCAACCAGACGCCGUUGCAGCUGGCAGUGACGCAGGGCCACGUUGACCUGGUGCAGCUGCUGGUGGCCGAGGGCGCUGACGUCAACAUGGAGGACGAGGAUGGAGACACGGCCAUGCACGUGGCCCUUCUCCGCCCACAGCUGGCCAAUGUUAUGCUCAGCCCUACCAUGGGGACCAGCAGCACUGACGAGAGCAGUGAGGGCUGUUCCACCACAUCACUCUACUGCAGGCUGAGUGCUUCAGGUCUUCUGGGGAGUACUGAGCUGAGUGUUGGGGCAGCUAUCGCGUGUUUUCUAGCACAGGAAGGAGCUGACACCAACUAUGCCAACCACAAGGGCAAGAGUCCUCUGGACCUGGUGGCAGACAGCGCAGUGCUGCAAAUUAUCAAGAGCUUCUCUGAGAAGUAUAGGUUGCAGUGUCUACAGGCCAUCACAUGUGGACAGGGCCUGAGCAGUGCCAGCCUGCGCCGGGUCCACACUACACCCAAUACCAUGACCAACCUGGUUCUUCCCACACUGCCAGGGCCCAGUGAAUGCCUCAUCUGCUCUGAGCUGGCUCUGCUGGUUCUCUUCUGCCCCUGCCAGCACAGUGUGGCCUGUGAAGAGUGCGCCCAUCGAAUGAAGAAAUGCAUUAAAUGCCAAGUCACAAUCACCAAGAAAAUUAGGCAAGACCAAACAGAAGUGGACUGCAGUCCUGGCAAUGAGAAUUCAGAGCAGCACAACCUGCUGGAGCAGCUGCAGUCUCGCUACCGCCAGAUGGAGGAGCGGAUUACCUGCCCCAUCUGCAUCGACAACCACAUCAAGCUGGUCUUCCAGUGCGGACAUGCCUCCUGCAUUGACUGCAGCGCUGCGCUCAAGACAUGUCCGAUCUGCCGGCAGGCCAUCCGUGAGCGGAUCCAGUUAUUUGUCUGAGCUUCUCUGACCUCUCAGCUCUUAACAACCCAAAGAGGAUGUCGGAAAGGGUUGGAAAAAAGUGAGGGUGGGGGUGGGAGGGGAUAACUGUUACUUUUGAAGACCUAGCGACCUAUAUCUACCUGUCGCACCCACAUCCCCCUGUGAUCAAAUGCUCACUCUGCCCACCAGUUGCUUUACUAUAAGAUGCUGUUACAUCACUGAGAGUCCACUGUUUGUUGAGUAGUUUCUCUCCCGAGAAGCACAGACAGGAACAUGUCGAUCACUUUAAUUUUAUUUUGCCAUCACAGCUGAAGUUCUCUGAGCUAAAGCUCAAUGGGAAGCGGUGAAGGCGAAGUCUUGAGGUGAUGCUGCCACUCUGAUUGGUAAGCCCAGAGAAAAAGGUCCCUCACCUUUUCUCCUCACUCCCAUCCAGGCUCUAAAUCUUUGCUGCUUUAAGUGGAUGUCUGUUACCCAUUAUCCUCUCUGGCUGUCUGGCCUCUUCUGUUUACAAGCUGCACAGAAUCAGUCCCUGUCUUCUCACCACUCUGCCAGUCCUGUUAGUUAUGUUGGCUCUCAUUUAUAUCAGUCUCUCUAAAUAAUCACUGUUAGUCUCUGCAGAGGGAGUUGGUAUAACUAAAAGCUCUCUAUAUAGUCCCCAGCCACUCACCGGUAUGCAAGAGGGAAUACACACUAUAUAUGCAUGAGUAUAUGCAUAUUGUAAAGCUGACUGUGUUGUUUUAUUUCUGUGGUAGUACUUAGUAGUGUCCUGUUUUCAGUUGUUGUUUGCUCUGCAAAAAUUAUUUGUUUCUACUGAAAUUCACCCCAAGCCUAUGUCCUCCGCUCAGGGUAUCAAAUUACUGAAAGCACUUAUGAUAUCCAACAGCGCCACCACCACAGAGCUACAGAUCACUAAAAGAAAAGGUCAGUAAUAACUGAUCAGAAAGUUGUGGAUUGUGACUCAAAACUGCAGAAGAAACACUCAGUUAACCUUGAAAUCUUCUUUCUUAUUAAUAAAAUGAAUUUUUACAGAGGUGUUUCUGCAACAAAACUGACAUCUUACUCCAACAAAUGCCACAAAAUUGUCCUUAAAGCAUCCCAGAAGCACCAGUCAGCUGUAUUUCUGUUUAAUUUUGGAGAUUGUGUUAGUCUGUUUGUUAGUGUCUGUCAUCUUCUGACUGGCGUGGAGACCCCACUGAGCACCGGCUUCCCAGUUUAAGGAAGGAUACUUGUGUUUUGUUAUUUAUCCACCAGAUGUAUUGUAAGAUACAGUGUCAGAAGGGCAGAAACAUGACAUUGUUGUGUUGCGUCUCUAGCUCUACCUUUCUGGUCAAGUAAUUUCAUAAGAAACCCUAAUUCUCCUCUGGAGUUCUGGAUUGCACAUCAUCUUGUGUUUUCUUGAAGGGCUUAUGCAUAUGAGAAAAAAUAAUUAUCAGUUUUAAUUCUUAUUUAAUUUUUAUUUCCCCCAGUGUACUUUCAGAGACAGGAUUUUUUUUGUUUGUUUUUUUUGUGUGUGUGUGUGUGUGUGUCUUUGUUAGAUCCCAAAUUUUGGGAGAGCCGGUAUUAAGGAUGUACAUUUGAAUGUGCAGAGAAAAAAUAUGUCCUGUCUCACUCUGCCUUUUUAUAUGUAAAGAAAAAAAGAUGUAAGAGGAAGAGCUGGAGAGACUCCAAUGUGUUUACCACCAGGUUUACUGUGAAGCAAGAACUUUGACAUUAGUGCCAAAUCGCAUGAGGAUGUGCAUGGGCAUGCACACCUGAAUUUAUCUUGACAGCCUAUGCUAAAACCCUCCUAGCUCAAGUGAGGGUUUGAUUAUUCUAGCAGUGUGAUGUAAACUAGAAGCAAACUUUAAACAUAUUUAAGAUAUUUUGUUUAGUUUCAAAUCAGAAGUAUUAACUCAGCAGCGCACACCCAGUUACAGCACUGGCAUUAGCAGUUGAGCUAAUGGUGUUAGCCUGCUAACUUUAGCUGUAGUGCUCAGAACCACCUCAUGUUCUGAAUCAACAGUGACAACAGUGACUCUAUACUCAGUUCCAAAAUAUUAUCAGUCCCAUGUCAUGUGGAGCUUUUUACAAGUAUAUAUAUUUAUAUUUUAUGAGAUGUUAUCAAUUGAGUGACAAGUUUCUUACAGGAAUUCCAGCGUUUCAAGGAUUGUCUAGUGGUGUCCCAAGUUGAUGGAUUUACAGUCAAAGGCAAUAACAUUUUAGUAAAAUGGUGAAGAUUUUUCAGUUUGUUUUUUCUCCCCCUUAAGGAGGUUGCUGCGAUCAUGGGGAACCAUUUAUGUAUAAAAACACUAUUUAAGCAGCAAAUGUUACUAUUGGUGUUUGUACAGUUCAGCUCUCGGCGUCAUGAUGUUGGCCUUACUGUUGAUUCCUCCUCUGUUCACGUUUUUUCAGUUUUAUUCUGUACAAGAAUAUUUUGCAAUAAAUAUGGACUGUUUUUUAAUGA